AAAUCAAUUCUUCACAAAACUUAAAAAAAACUUUACAAACAUUUUAAAUAAAUAAAUAAAGGCAUACAAGGCAAAGUGCUCUGUAUACUCCGCUGUUUAAAAAUCCUCUUCCCAGAUUUAUAAAUAAAUAAUUAUUCCAGACAAUAGCAGAUUGUGACAGUUUGACCUCUUCACCCCACUGAGUAUUUGUUGCAGGCAGGGAUCUGGACACAUUCCCAGUAUUUCUGUGCGUUAAGAUGCAUGUAAUAACCAACAACAACAACAAACAAACAAAAAGACAGAAUAAGAAGAUAGAUAAGCUAUUUAUAUAAAACUAAUGAAUACAAAGGGCGGGGCUUAGUGGCCCAUUAUCUCUGAUUGGUCAUGUAUGAUGGGUCAUUGUUAUAAAUCCCAAACUUGAUAUUCUCACUUUUUGUUUAAAUUUAAUGUAUAGCAAUGUUUUUCAAUCAUUGUUCAGCUAUAUCCACUGCUAAAACAGCAGUUUAUACAGAAUUGCCACGUGAUACUGAAAACAAUAUGUACAAAUGUGAAUGGUUUUCAAUAUAACCAUUAUUAUUCUGGUCUAUUUAAAGAAUUAAUAUUAAAUAUUUUUUACGUUCUUACAUUUGAAUGAGCUCUAUUUGGGACAUGGCUUUCUGAGCCUUCAUGCGACCCCUGGAGGAAGACCACUUUAUGCCUUAUGAUGAGUGCUCGUAGAUUGGGAUGGAUGUAAUGACCUAAUCUUUGGCUUUAGGACCCAGAGGAACCGCUGCUCCGGAUGACUCUCAAUAGCGAGAGCGCGUUUAGAAUGAAAGUGUCUACAUGUGUAAGUUGAUCACAACACUUGUGGAAAGGCGAGGUGUAUAUAGUUGGCCCUCAAUGGACCACAUAACUACCACAUAAGAAUGACAGCGGCACUGUACGGAUUGCAGUGAACACGCCCGCCUGUUGCGCGCGGCUCCGUUAUGAAUAUGGAAGUUAUUCUACAUUGCAUGCGCAUCUGACUGAGGAGUUUUUCUGCAACUUUAUCGUGUGCGAAACUGUUAUUGUGAAGUGCUUUCCAUACAAGUGGAUUAUGGUGCCUUGGUGGCAGACGUUAAAAUGACGGCUUUUGGCGAGCAGUUGGUGCGCUCAGAAUGGCCCGAGAGGAUUCAGUGAAGUGUCUGCGUUGUCUGCUCUACGCUCUCAACUUUCUCUUCUGGCUAAUGGCCCUGUGUGUACUGGGAGUGGCCGCCUGCCUCAGGGAUCAUCUGAACAAUGUGCUCACCUUAACCGCUGACACCAGACUGGAGGAGGCAGCCAUUCUCACAUACUCCCCUGUUGUCCAUCCAAUCGUCAUCGCCGUGUGCUGUUUUCUAAUCAUCGUGGCCAUGGUGGGCUACUGCGGCACGCUCAAGUGCAAUCUGCUCCUACUGUCUUGGUAUUUUGGCAGCCUGAUGGUGAUUUUCUGCGUGGAGCUGGCCAGCGGCGUAUGGACGUACGAUGAGCCUAUGGUACAUAGGUCAGAUAUGAUAAGCCUAAAAUCACGUAUGCCUCAUUUUGGCCUGCAACGCUACCAGUGGCUCACACACGCGUGGAACUCCAUACAAACCGAGUUAAAGUGUUGUGGAGUGAUCUACUUUACUGAUUGGCUGGAGAUGACAGAGAUGGAGUGGCCACCUGACUCCUGUUGCUCCAAUCAGUAUCCAGGGUGUGCCCGCCACGUCCACUACAAUGACCUCAGCGACCUCCACCAGGAGGGCUGCGGUCCCAAGAUCUACAGUUUCAUCCGGGGCACCAAGCAGUUGCAAGUCUUAAGGUUUUUGAGCGUGUCUAUAGGAGUGGCUCAGAUUCUAGCCAUGACAUUGACUGUCACACUUCUGUGGGCUCUUUAUUACGAUCACAAACCACCAGAGGCGGCAUCCCCGGACCCCCAAACCCCCAAUCCUAGAGAGGAGCAGCCAAAGCCCAAUCACUCCCAUCCACGAGUGGCUGAGGCCUGGGCGAACACGCCCCCUAAUGGACACACCCAGAUUGAGAUGGAACAGCUCGCCUAGCAGCCAAUCAGAGCAGAGUACAUUACACUGUUUAGACACUGAACGGAUCAAACAGAAGGGAAUUGGACCCGAGAACGGACCUUAUGGAAUGCUUAAUAGUUCUGUGUGCCGGAUGACACGUCUGAUUGUGUUUGGGGCGAAGGCAUGUUGCCAUUCGUUGCACAAACAACUAAGGGUAUUAUAGAAACCAAUGGCUGUGUCCGAAAUCUAAAAUAGCUGCCUUGUUGACAAGACAGUCAAUGACUUAAAGACACUGUUUACGGUUUAAAGGGAAUGCCACAUGUAUUCAUCAAUGUGUAUUUUCAGUCGAAAUGAAACCACAAAUUGAGGAGAAGAAAAGAACAUUUAUAAAUGUACUUACUCAUGCCAACUGAUCAUUCAGUUGACAUUAUUUUUACCACCAGUGAUCACAUUGCAUGCUCAUCUUCAUGCACAGAACUGUGGGAUAUAACAGACAAUUUAAGGGGUUCUUUGUUUCAGUGCAUAAAUGGAUGACGAAAAUUGACUGAGUUUCUUCCCAAUAAAGUCAUCGCUUCCAUCUCUCUAUGGACCCAAAUCUCAGGAGAAGGUUUGUGAACUAUAAGGGCAUAGUAAAAAGGAUUGCUGAAAGAAUCACAUGUAGCUGCAGAUCACUAAAACAACAAUCGGCUUGGUCACCCACAAACUUGAGACUUAAUGAGUUUUUUUCUGAUGGAAUGCAUUAUAUGGCCAGUUUUGAUCUUGAAGAUACUGGGAAACAUUUCAAAAGGGAAUUCAGUGUUUAAAUUGCCGUUUAAAAAAACUGCGUAAAUGUCACAUUAUUUCUUGGAAAGGGAUGUUUUUCUAUUUUUCAGUGUAAUAAUAUUUUUAAGACAUUAAAUGAAACUUCCGUCAUAUGUCAUUUCAAACAUGUAUGACUUUCUUCUUCUGGGGGUACACAAAAGAAGUUAUUUUUAAGAACGUUGGUAACUAAACAAUAUUGGACCCCAUUGACCUCCAUUUUAAUUCUCAAAAUAUCUUCUUUUGCGUUCCAAGAUGAUGAACUAUCCCUUUAACUGAAUUUCAUAUAACAUUUCCAUUGCAGACACAUGGGUGAAAUUCUUGACCAGCGGCCAAAGUUUUGUCAUAAUACUGCAAUUCAUAAUAUUUCAGUAACAUCAAUUUCAUGCUUAGCAAAAACCGUAUCACUGCAUUUCAAACGGUAUUCAAUGGU